AUGCCCUCAAUCACAGCCGUAACGAUCUUCAUCUUCGGCCUCAGCGCCUUCAAUCACGGCGUCAGCAAUCUCAUCUCCCCUCGCAAAGCUCUCGCCGCAAAGCAACUCCAAGACUCAGCCCUCCCCGCACUCAACGGCUUUUCAGUCGCCAUCAUCGGAAUCGGCAUUUACUACAUGCUGGCUGCAUAUCAAGAGAACCGCGGCUUUUUUGCUCUCACCCUGGCACGAUUUAUUUCAGCCAGGAUCUUUUGGCUGCAGGGACCUGCUUGGAGAGUAAUUGCCACUUGGGAGGCAUUUUCAGCUGCACUUACGGCCGUGGCUCUUACUUAUGAGGGAUACCAUGGGAGUCUGAUUUUACCCUGCCCGAGACUAAAGCAAGUUUCAAGCAUGCACUUGCAAGAUAUUCCCUUAGAACUACGCCAGGCUAUAUUCGAGCUUGUGCUCAGAGCUCCUGUGACACCAUUAACUCCCUCAGAGAGCCAACAUGGCCGAGCUCAGCUUCGUUACUGUCUUCGAGAUGUGCGAUGGGGAUGGAGACCUAGAGGUGUUUGGCAACUGGCGCCCAUGAACAAAUCGCUUAGCUUGCUUCUGGUCAGCAAACAGUUCUACGCCGAGGUUCAGGAUAUUUUCAGGCGUCUUCCAAACAGCUAUCACGUCGACAUCAUGUUCGUAAAGAACUAUGGGUUCUGGCCCACAUGGGAUAUCAUAAAGCGACCAACAUCACGAUACAUCGACAAGAUAACAUCGACGAUCCGCAUCUUCGAGCCGACCGACGAUCUUGACGAUCGCUUCAAAGACAGCCUGAGCUUCAGAGGUGGCGACGGAGGACCCGAGAGCGCCGCUUGGGCCCUUCACGAACUGCUCGUAAGCUUGAUUCAACAUGGACCUGGAUACGUCGGUCACCCGAAUAACCAGGGCUUCGUUAUCAACGAAAUCGAGGUGAAUAUCGUCUCUCCAACAGACGGCGCAGCUCACACAAGACUCGCAUGCAGAGACAAUGAAAACCCGCGGUGGCUUCGCUUGUGUGGCAUCGAAUAUGGAAACGAGCCGGUACCCGAGAAACGACUCGCAAACUACAUGACUGGUUUUUUGGACAUUGUGUUCAGGGCUGACUCUGAUGUCAGGCCAUACGGUCAAGAAUUGUACGAACACAUCUUAGAAAGUAUAACCUUUCAGCUCAACGGACAGGAGUGGGAGAAGAGGCGAAUAGACGAGUAUCUAGAGAAUUGCCAUCCCUUGACAUGGCCGCAAGACUAUAGAAAUGGUUGGUGUCGCAAGACUUUGAGGACAAGGCAAUGGUUGAGGAUGAUUCAUAGGAGGCCAGAGAAGGUGAGGAAAGGUCUGGAGGUGCAUGAUAAGCAACCAAAAUAA